AUGAGCAUUAAAAAAAGCAUUGGAUUUAUAUUGAGCUCUUACAUCACUUUGUCAUCUGCCAUGUUCUUUCACAUGGGGGAAAAAGAAGAGAAAUGUAUAAUAGAAGACAUUCCAUCAGACAUCAUUGUUACAGGGUAUUUUAAAAUGGAACUCUGGGAUGUCAGCAGUCAGGGUUUUCAGAACUCUGCUCCUAACCUUGGUAUGACAGUGACUGUGCGACACCCAGAUAGUGAGAUUUUGAUGACAAAAAAAUAUGACCUAGAAGGCAAAUUCACAUUUAAGUCAGAAUCUUCCGGACAGCACUUCAUCUGUUUAGAGUCCAACUCUCCCAGGCUCGCGGUUUUUGCUGGGGACAAACUGCGAGUUCACUUGGACAUUCAAGUGGGAGAACACCGAUUAGAUGAGACAGCUUCUCAGGCUCAAGACACAGUCAAAGAUGUGAAGUACACAAUGAUCCAGCUGAUUGAGCAGGUCAAGUACAUCAGCAGUCAGCAGAACUACCAGAGGGAACGUGAAGAAAAUUUCCGACAAACGAGCCAGGAUACCAAUAGCAGUGUUUUCUGGUGGGCCCUUGUACAGACCAUUAUGCUUAUCACAGUGGGAAUCUGGCAAAUGAAGCAAAUGAAAGACUUCCUUAUAGAAAAAAAACUGGUAUAA